GGACCGAGUGUGAACCAGGAGAAACAUGUGACCCCCGCUCAUGCCCCAAUCUGAGCUUCUUCGGAUGUCACGUGACCGGGAAGGGCGGAGAGCCCAGCGCACGUCGCCGGGACGAGCCGCCACCGCCUCCGUUGUCCUUCGAGCUUCUGGUUUCUCCGCCGCUGAAGCUCCGGAAAUCCAAGCGGGCGGGCGGGCUUCCUUCAACGUCGGCUCUCCGCCUCUCCCUACGCGGGCGGCCACGCCGCGGGAGCCGCCAACUGCCGAAAACAGUCCUGUGCCGACCCUCAGGCUUCCCGGAGCGGACUGCUCAGCAGGCACCCACAGCACGGCCCGCGUCUCUUCUCCCUCCCGAAGUCUGUUGACUCGUUCGCACUCCCUCCCUCCAAAGGUUUCCGUUCUCCAGCUGGGAAAAAGGAACGACGAGGAGGAAAAAGAAGGAAGGCGGGAGAUGGCAAACGCAGAAUAAAUUGUCCAUCUCGUCCGGGUAGCGAAACCGAGGGAGGGGACAGGCCGAGGGGCGGCGAAGAGGGAGCUGCCCAUUAAAGCCAGCUCUGAGAGCUUCGGCGGCGGCGGCGGCGGCGCGGGACGCGUCACAUCCCCUUGACCCUCCAAUCACCUCGGGCUCCCAUUUGAUUGGAAGGCGGCAAAGGCUUUAAUCUCCCCCUCGGUGCAGCUGCUUUUGAAGUGAGUUUCCUCCCAGAGCCCGGGCUGGCCAGGCAGCGGCUCGCACCGCAGAGCGCAGCGCCGGCUGGGGCCGGGAGAGCGCGGCGCCGGGCGCAGCCCCCGCGGAGCGCGCAGCGCGGGACCCCCGCGGCCACCAGCGCCUCCGGCCCGCCGCGGCUCCGCCGAGGGCCGCCCAGGAUUACCGGCUUCUGGCUCCCGGCGCCGAGCAGGCGCGGGGCUCCCGCGGCCGCCGCGCCAGCUCCUCCUCCAGCUGCUCCCGCUCCCCGGGCGAGCGCGCAGCCCCGAGCCCGCCCCGCGCGCCCCGGAGCCCUCCCCCCGCUGCUCCCAUGCGCGCGGGUGGGUCAUGAGCACAGCGCCCUCGCUUUCUGCCCUAAGAAGCAGUAAGCACAGCGGCGGCGGCGGCGGCGGCGGCGGCGCGGACCCUGCCUGGACCAGCGCGCUCUCUGGAAACUGCUCCGGCCCCGGCCCAGGCUCGUCCCCGGCCGGCAGCACCAAGCCUUUCGUGCACGCCGUGCCCCCGUCCGACCCUCUGCGCCAGGCGAACCGCCUGCCCAUCAAGGUGCUGAAGAUGCUGACGGCACGGACUGGCCACAUUUUGCACCCAGAGUAUCUGCAGCCUCUGCCUUCCACGCCCGUCAGCCCCAUCGAGCUGGACGCCAAGAAGAGCCCCCUGGCCCUGCUGGCUCAGACGUGCUCGCAGAUCGGCAAGCCCGACCCUUCGCCCUCGUCCAAACUCUCCUCGGUCGCCUCCGCCGGGGGCGGCGCGGGGGGCGCCAGUGGCGGCGCCGGGGGCGACAAGGACGCCAAGUCGGGCCCCCUGAAGCUGAGCGACAUCGGCGUGGAGGACAAGUCGAGCUUCAAGCCUUACUCCAAGCCCGGCUCGGAUAAGAAGGAGCCGGGGGGCGGCGGCGGCGGCGGCAGCGGUGGCGGGGGCGUUUCCGCCGAGAAGUCGGGAUUCCGGGUGCCGAGCGCCACCUGCCAGCCGUUCACGCCCAGGACAGGCAGCCCCAGCUCCAGCGCCUCGGCCUGCUCGCCCGGGGGCGCGCUGCCCCCCGCCGGCGGCGGCGGCCCGGAGCCCAAGGACGACAAGAAGGAGCCCGAGGGCGGCGGCGGCAAGGGCGCGGGGCCCGGCUCAGCGGACGGCGCGCCCGCGGGGCUGGCGCACGGCCGGCUGGGCUGCGGCGGAGGCAUGGGCGCGGACGCCGCCCCGCACGCGGACGGCGGCCCGGCCGCCAAGGCGCUGGGCGCGGACUGCGGCGGCGCGCCCGGCUCGGGCCCCGGCCCCGGCGCGCCCGGCUCGUCGUCGGUGCUGGGCUCGGGGCUGGUGGCGCCGGUGUCGCCCUACAAGCCGGGCCAGACGGUGUUCCCGCUGCCCCCCGCGGGUAUGAGCUACCCGGGCAGCCUGGCGGGCGCCUACGCCGGCUACCCGCCGCAGUUCCUGCCGCACGGCGUGGCGCUCGACCCCACCAAGCCUGGGAGCCUGGUGGGCGCGCAGCUGGCGGCGGCCGCGGCCGGCUCACUGGGCUGCAGCAAGCCAGCGGGGUCCAGCCCGCUGGCCGGCGCGUCGCCGCCGUCCGUGGUGACGGCCAGCCUGUGCCGGGACCCCUACUGCCUCAGCUACCACUGCGCCAGCCACCUGGCGGGGGCCGCGGCCGCCGGCGCCUCGUGUGCGCACGACCCGGCCGCCGCACUCAAGUCGGGGUACCCGCUGGUAUACCCCGCGCACCCGCUGCACGGCGUGCACUCGUCGCUGACGGCCGCGGCGGCCGCGGGCGCCACGCCGCCCUCGCUGGCCGGCCACCCCCUCUACCCCUACGGCUUCAUGCUCCCCAACGACCCUCUCCCGCACAUCUGCAACUGGGUGUCGGCCAACGGGCCGUGCGACAAGCGCUUCGCCACGUCCGAGGAGCUGCUGAGCCACUUGCGGACCCACACGGCCUUCCCCGGGACGGACAAACUGCUGUCGGGCUACCCCAGCUCCUCGUCCCUCGCCAGCGCCGCCGCGGCGGCCAUGGCGUGCCACAUGCACAUCCCUACGUCGGGGGCGCCCGGCAGCCCGGGCACCCUGGCGCUGCGCAGCCCCCACCACGCGCUGGGACUCAGCAGCCGCUACCACCCCUACUCCAAGAGCCCGCUCCCCACGCCCGGCGCCCCGGUGCCCGUGCCCGCCGCCACCGGACCCUACUACUCCCCCUACGCCCUGUACGGACAGAGACUGACCACGGCCUCGGCGCUCGGGUAUCAGUGAGGGCGGCCCGAGGCGUCCGGAGGGCCAGAGAGGAGCCGCCGGGGGAGGGCAGGAGCCGGGCAGGGCAGGAGCCCGGCUGGGUUCCCGGACGCCCGCUGGAGCGGAAGAUCCGGGCUGCCGAAGAGAAGAGAAAGCCCACACCUUACCC